AAUAUUGACAGUCUACUCGUGGCUCUGAACUCAAUAGAACCGUGCCGGUGCGAUCUGGAAAUCAUGUGAUUCGAUUCUUGUGUUCACGAGUGUAGUUGUAGCUGCUAGCAGAGAAUAUUUAGUGUAGUAUUCCUUCUGCUGGAAGGUUUAAUCAGCGGCGAUGCAGCUGGAAGUGGCCCAACUAGAAUUUGUCCUUAUAGUAUUCAACAGUUUUCAUAAUAUGAGCUAUGCCCGAUGUUUGCAAUAGUGCGGUAGUAGUUUUCUUUUUAAUAUUCAUUCAUUGAAGCAACAAAGCGUAUCAAUUAACACAUUACGUUUACUACCGAAGCUAUAAAGGGGACUCCUUUACGAUCGUUUGCGAUGGUUACCAGUGACAUUCCGCUUCUUAUUGGGGUAGCACAACAUUGAAGCUACUUAUCUGAGGAGAAGAUACAAUUAACAUCCACUUUUCGACAUACGAAGAUCGGUGAUAUUUACAGAAGUCCUUGACUUAUAUUGCGAGCAAUAUGAGAGUUUACUGUGCAUACAAUUCGAAACUCAAAAGUGUUAUCUCGCGACGGUGAAAUAAAGGUUCCAAACCGGCUACUGGUACACAUUACUUACAAGCGCGGCAAAGCGAGAUAUUACUUCAUCGUCGGCAUUUACUUCGAAGUUUGUUUGCCACUGUUCAACGUGCCUAAAUCCUCGAAAAAAUGAAGAAUCGAAAAGUUUACAUCACGUCAGUGGACGAGCCCGCCAAUCAUCAGCCUUCAACGGAAGUAGCCUUCCCGGUGGAACAAUUCUCGUAUUCGGCAGCCGGACAGCAGCAGCAACGGCCAAUUCCUUCCAUAGAUCUGGCCAUGUCUUUGAAUAAACAUCAACAGCUUGCCCAUGCGAGCCACGACCCAGAGGAGACUCAGCAGAUAAACGCGUCGUUGCACGGCAUGGGUAAUGGAUUGGAAGGACAACAGGAUGGUGAACACGCGCAAAAGCGCUCGGGUAAAUCUUCGUUCGUUCGGAAUUGGCCCAUUGUUUCACAGCCGCUUGCUUUGCUGGCAAUAUUCGCCCUGCUUUGGGGAAUUGCGUUCUCGGUGCUACCGAGAACACUCACCGAGCCGAACACACCGUUUAUGAGGCUGUGGUUUCUCUUCGUCGGAGCACAAAUCAGCGGCAUACUGGUUUCGCUGACUGGGCUGCCCGAUAUGCUGGGAAUGCUGUUCUGGGGAGUUCUCUAUACCAACGUUGGCUGGGCGGACUUCCAAGGAUUGCAGAAACUGGAAGUAUUUUGCAGAGAAAUGGCACUCAUCAACAUAAUGCUUUUGGCAGGUCUAGGCUUGGACUACGAUUCACUGAAGAAACUCUUCCGUUUCAUUAUGCAACUCACCGUGAUCCCGACAGUGGCUGAAGUGGUUGCAAUCGCCGUGCUGUCCAAAUACCUGCUAGAUUUGCCCUGGAUGUGGGGCGUUCUUUUGGGCUUGGUAGUGACUGCAAUCUCACCGAACGUUGUCGUCACCGUGUUGCUGCGCCUGAAGGAGGAACGUCUCGGCAUGAAUAAAGGAAUUCACACAUUAAUCAUCGCUAUGACAAGCUGUAAUGAUGUUCUAGCAAUUUUCCUAUUUGGCGUCAUUUUGGGGCUGAUAUUUUCCACUGGUAACCUCACGAGUCAGAUACUCCAGGGGCCAAUCGGUAUCAUAAUUGGUCUAGUCUUUGGCGGUGGAUGUGGUGCUGUCUUACUCUAUAUUCCUUCCUAUCAGGCGAAAUACACCAACGGGCUGCGCUUCACGUUUACGAUCCUCGCUGGGACACUGUCGGUAGUCGGCAGCAAACUGAUUGGAUAUCCCUCGGCAGGAGCUCUCGGGUGCAUUAUGACGGCAUUCGUUGCCGGGACGGGCUGGAAGAAGCGCAUUGAUUACGACACCAACGAAGUCGGAAUGUAUUUGGAUUUGCUGUGGAAGUUUCUGAAGCCGGUUUCUUUCUCGUUAAUUGGAAAAGAAGUCAACUUUUCGGUGCUUGAGGGCAGCACUGUGCUGUAUGGCACUAUAACUUUGCUGGUUGCAGUAUCGUUCCGUCUCAUAUUCUCGUACGCAUCAACGUUAGGCAGCGAUCUAAACUGGAAGGAAAAGGCCUACGUAACAUUAUCGGGUUUCCCGAAGGCUACCGUUCAGGCGGCCUUGGGUCCAGCUGCACUCGACUUGGCCCGCAGUUUAAACGCAACCGGCGAUAUACAGAAGGCUCAGACAGUACUGAUCGUAACAGUUCUUGCAAUCAUUUUCACUGCUCCAUUAGGUGCACUCUUGAUGAUAAAACUGGCACCAAAAUGGCUGAAGAAGGAACACCCCGAAAAUAACGACGUUUGACGAAGCGGCAGAAUACCGUCGGGAAUCAUCGGCAGAAUCUUAAAUCACGGGUAGCAUUGUACUUUAUUAGUGACAAUAAAUAUAAUUUAUUUAUAUCAUAGGCAAAACAAACAAAACUAUACUUCUACCUCGUGAAGUACCUACUGCUUAUUAUGGUAAUUAACGAAACUUAAUAUUGAUCUUCGAUUUUGAUAUACAUACAUGCAAUCAACGUUUGUUUUAUCUUUUGAUCCAGAAAUAAGCAGAUUGAUGAAUAAAGCAAGACAAGUUA